AUGCGUUUGACGUUGGCUCUUUUGGUGCUGAUCGCACUGAUCGCCGUGGCCACCGAAGCCCAGACUAAUCAGAAAAGGACAAGGGCCAGGACCUUGGCCAGCGUCACAUCCCGUCGAUCUUCUAGGACUAGUGCCCGAACUGGAAAUGUGAGAAGGCGUUCACUAAAUGCCCGUAACUCCAAUCGCAAAUCGGUGAUAAUUAUUGGCAACGGCAGCACUUCGUCCAGCACCAGCAGUUCCACGCCCUCCUCCCGAUGCAGGACCACCCCCACGACCUGCUUAGCCAACUCCAAUGUCUGCGGUCGAUGGAGCUCCACACGCAGGUGUCAUCGGUUCAAGAACAGGUGCCUCAUGGAGAAGGCCAAUUGCCAGACAACUGUCUCUAGCUGGAAUGUAGUUAAUCUUGGCAACUGUACGAGCAUCACUGUCAAUACAACUGGCACCUGUAGCAGCACCUUUUCAUCAUCAUCAUCUUCGUCGAGCUCAACAUCCAAUUCUGCCUUGGCCAACAUACUCUCCUCAAUUUUGGGAUCAUCAUCAUCUUCAUCGAGCAUCACGCCCAUCAUUAUACGAAGAGGUUGA